AUGAUAUCCAGAGCGGCGGCUCCCUCCACCUCAUCCCUCUCCCACUUCACAACCCGCGCCCUGCGCACCCAGGGGACGACCGCCCGCUCCUUCGCGACGGUGCAAGAGGCUCCUCCCGUCCGACACUAUGGCGGGCUCAAGGACCAGGACCGCAUCUUCACCAACCUUUACGCCCACCAUGGCACAGACCUUAAGUCAGCAAUGAAGUAUGGUGAUUGGUACCGGACAAAGGAUAUUGUGUUGAAGGGUGAUGACUGGGUGGGUGUUCAAUUGCUCCGGACUCGGCGGAACCGUGGGGACAACUUCUUUACUGACGCUUUCUUAAACAACAGCUCAUUUCCGAACUUAAGGCCUCUGGCCUACGUGGUCGUGGUGGUGCCGGUUUCCCCUCCGGAUUGA